AUGCCUUCAGUAACGAACGCUUUGGUUCUGGCAGCCAUGACCACGGUUGCCAGUGCUGCUUACCAAGGCUUCAACUAUGGAAACACAUUUACCACCGGUCAGAUCAAGGUCCAGUCUGAUUAUGAGGCCGAAUUCAAGGCUGCCCAAGACCUCGCCGGAACCGACGGUGCCUUCAACAGCGCUCGUAUCUACACCAUGAUCCAAGGAGGAACCCAAAACGACCCUAUUCAGGCUAUCCCCGCCGCCAUCAGCACCAAGACUAGCCUUCUUCUUGGUCUCUGGGCUUCUGCUGGCCAAGACACUUUCAACAACGAGCUUGCCGCCCUGAAGCGUACCAUUGACCAGUACGGUAGCGAACUCUCUGGACUAGUUGCUGGCAUCUCUGUCGGUAGCGAGGAUCUCUAUCGCAACUCCCCGACCGGCAUCGCUAACAAGGAGUACGCCGGCGCUAACCCCGACACCCUCGUCGAUUAUAUCAACUCGGUCCGCGAUCUGAUUGCCGGCACCUCGCUCGCUGAUGCCAAGAUCGGCCAUGUCGACACCUGGACUGCCUUUGUCAAUGGCUCCAAUCAGGCCGUCAUUGACGCCUGCGACUGGCUUGGCUUCGAUGGCUAUCCCUAUUUCGAAGAUACCCAUGCCAACGACAUUUCGAACUCGGCUGCUCUCUUCAACGACGCCUUCUCCGCUACCAAGGCUGCUGCCGGCGGCAAGGAGGUUUGGAUCACCGAGACCGGCUGGCCCGUGAGUGGAAAGGAUUUUGGUGAUGCCGUUGCCUCGGUCGAGAACGCUGAGGCCUACUGGAAGGAUGUCGGUUGCUCCUUGUUUGGCGCCACCAACGUCUGGUGGUACACCCUUCGCGAUGCCGCUCCCGAUACUCCUAACCCCAGCUUUGGUAUCCUCCAGGACCUGAACGGCCAGCCCCUCCAUGACCUAUCUUGUGAUGGAUCCUCUUCCGGUCGUGGAAACGGUACUGCUUCGUCCACUGGUUCCGGCGGCACCGCCGUAAACACCCCUACCCCCACGGGCGGUAGCGGCUCCGGCUCCGGUAACGCGCCCUAUGGAAAUGGUACCGACACCGUACUUCCCACUGGAACCGGUAGCAGCGGUUCGGACGCCAAUACCGUUUCUGGCUCAAGCGGAUUGACCAGGCUUGAUUCCAUUGCUGCUAGCGUGAUCGCUCUCGUUGCCGCAGUUCUUAUUCUUUAA